AAAGACUCUAAUACCUUCAGUUAAUAAUAUACCAAACAAAUAAAAAAGAAAUGUAAAAAAGAUUCGUCUUCUCUCGCCGAAGUUCCGCUAUUGAUAUGCCGGAGACAAAUCACGCCGAACCACCACAUCACAGUCUUUACAAUCAAAAUAGAAAUUUAUAGAUGUAACUUCUGAAUGUUUUCUCUUCAAAAUCGAAAUCAGGGGUUUUGAUUGAAAAUUUGAAAAUUUUCUCUUCUUAGUGUUUGAUUGAAAAUUUGAAAAUUUUCUCUUCUUAAUGUUUUUGAAUUGAAAAUUAGGGGUUUCGAUUUGUUGUUCUUCAGAUACUAGAUUUGAGCUUGUUUUGUUGUUCAAAUCCAACAGAGAAAACAUAAUCAGAUUUACAAAGAAAGAAUCUCACUAAGCUUCAUUUACAGAAUUUGGCUUACCGAAGAAGAUGAGUUCGUGAAAUUGCUUUUUGUUAAGCCAUUUUGAAUCUUUGAUGUUCUUAGUUCUUUUUAACCAAUGAUUUAUUUCUCUCAGAUUCAAAUUUGUUUUAGUCUGAUUGCGUGAUAUGAUAUCGUUUCAAACAUGUGUGUGUCUAUGUAUUAGUUCUCUUGUUCCUCUAAAAGUUGUAUCUUUUUCUUGUUAAGAACAUACAUAAAAAUUAUAGCUUUUUCUUGUUCUCGUUAUUCGCAAGUGUAAUGUGUGUCUCAUUAAACUGUUUGGUACUGUUUGUAGCUGAAGAGAAACACCAUUACCCGAGAGGUUGUUCUGAUAAAGAGAAAGCUCUGUUGCGUUUGUUGUCCAGCGAGGGAAAGGGGCUUGGAACUUGUUGGAGCUCAAAUCAAAGGCUGCUUAUUUUUGGGAACACAAGGUUUUGACUUUUGAGGUAAUGUUUGGUACUGUUUGGUACUUUCGAUUAUGUUGUUUGCUAGAUACAGUUGAGUUAUACCAGAUGCCAUUUUCGAGAACCAGCUAUGUGGUAUUUUUAGUUGUUUGGUUUACGCAUGUUUGUUUGUGCUUGUGAAACUGAGUAGUGUUUUCUAAAUUUCAGGAAUGAUUUGGGUAGUUUCAAGAAAGUUUUUUCGAAAAUUCGUUGUUAACAAAUUUGAAAAACCUUUUUCUUGGUGUCUUGUUCUGCUUACGCAUGUUGAUAUCUUUGGUAGGCUUGUCUGAUCAAGAGAGAACCUCUGAUUGCAUACUGACAUUUCUUCACGUCUCCGUUGAGGGACUCGUAGUCUACUAGUUUGAGAGACAAUUUCAUAAUUGACUUUUCACACAAAUAGCAAACACGCUUAGCUCGAUUACGGAGAUGAUUAAAGUGGUUAUGAUGGCGAUGGAGAUGAUCGGCGCCGGAUGAUGACAGACGAGAUGAUCGACACUGGAGAUAAUGACAGUCGAGAUGAUCGACGCCGGACAUGAAGCAAGCUGUCAUCGUCGAUUUCAUGAUUUCAAUUUUCAGAAAAAAUGUAAUUAGAAAAAGAAAAAGGUAAAAUAGUAAAAUAGUAAAUGCUCAUAUUAAAUAAAACAUUUUUGUAAUUUUGGACUUUGUAGUCUAGAAUAAGAAGAAAAAAUUGGUAUAAGACUAUCUAAGGCCAUUUCUCAAAAUUUAUUGCCGCGAUUUUCAUUUUCAUGACCUAUUUAUCUUAUUAUAAAUUCAUUGAGAUCCACUUUUUCUCUCAUAAGUAAAUUUGGGAAACUUACUCUUAGAAAGGGAUUGCACUCCUCGAUAAAGCAUGGUGAACACAAGGACUCGACCCAUUAAGAUAGGCUCAAGAGCUCGGCCAAAAGACUCAGUACAUUUUAUUAGUUCAAGUCAAUUUUGGGACAAACAGGAGAAGAGGCAUGGGUAUAAACAGAGGAGGCGAGGCAUUAGGAAACAUAUAUAAACAUACACACUCAUACAGGCUGACGACGAGUUAGGGGUUUCCUCUGUUUAACUUUACUCUCAUCGAUUGAAAGUGUUGUUUUACUUACUCUGGCUGAAUGUUUUCACUCAUCCUCUCUAAAUAUUGUUCAAAGACCGUUGUAAUCUCUUUUGUUGAUCAAUAAAAAUGAUUUUAAAAUAAUCUACAAUGAAGUUUGUUCUUCUUAUAAGAACCGACGAAACUAAGAUUCAACAGUAGUAAUGCUAUAUUUUCAACAAAGCAACUAGAAAACAGCUCAGUUUAGCUAGCUCCUCAUCAAAACAUCAUCAACCCCUGGUAUUACUUUCUUAGCAAGAAAACUCUUCAUCCAAGUAAUUGAUUUAUCAUCCAGAAACACUCAUUUAAGUAACUUAUUCGACACUUGAAUUUCCUUGCGCCGGAUGCUAUUAACGUGAAGUGUGCAUGUAGGUUAGAUCACUCGACAAUUCAGCUCCUUUUUGCGAUAAUACGAUGAUUAAUGUUAGUUCAAUUGAUCCACAUGGUUAUUUAAAUUCAGACACGCUGUUUCCAGAAAUAUCUUCACCGUGAAUUAGAAGGUAAAGCCUCUAGUCAUAUAUAGAUGUAGUGGAAACAGGGACUUCGAGUUAUUGUAUUAUAUAUCAUGUGUAUAAUUCAAGAAAGCUUUAUUAAGCAACGUUGCACUGUCAAGUCUCAAUCAUCACGGAUCAAUUUUUAUCCUAUUCUCUAAGAUUUAUUUGGUUAAUAUUCACGUUGUUUUUCAGAUAUCUCUAAUACAUUUCGAAUCCUUUACAAAAAAAUUAAACGUAGUCAAACAGUAGCCUUGUCCAUGUAUAUAUAUAAUUCAAUUCCUUCUUAUCUAUCCACUAUCAAACUUCCCUUAAAAAAAAAAAAAUUCCCUAAUGGCUUCUAUCGACUUAUUUGAAGCAUCCAUAUCUCUUUUUUGCUUUGUCAUCUUCUAUUACUUCUUCAUCAAGAAAAAUUUUGGUUACUUGCUUAUCAAGAAGACCCUUCAAAGCUACGCUUGGAACUGGCCUGUUCUUGGGAUGGUUCCAGCUUUGUUCGUGUGGCACAAUGGGAUCGAUGAUAUCAUCUGGUUCAUUGAGAAGAAGAAUUUGACAUUUCUAUUCAAGGGUCCAUGGUUCACUAGAAUGGAUGCGUUGAUCACCGUUGAUCCAGCAAAUAUACAUCAUAUAUUUAGCUCAAAUUUCUCCAAUUACAUCAAAGGAUCGGAUUUCAACGAGAUAUUUGAUGUUUUCGGAGACGCGAUUUUCAACACCGACUCAGAGCUAUGGAAGAAUCAAAGAAUGUCCAUUCAGGCCAUGCUCAGCCAUCAAGAUUUUCAAAACUUUUCAAUGAGUAUCACUACAAGUAAACUCAAGGACGUGCUUCUUCCUCUUUUCAAUCGCUAUUCAGAGGAAGGGACAAUCGUGGACUUGCAGGAUGUGUUCCGGAGAUUCACGUUCGAUACAGCCCUGGUUACAAUCACCGGGUCUGAUCCUCAAUCUCUCUCCUUUGAAAUGCCAGACGUUGAGUUUGCAAAAGCCUUCGACAAUGCCGGGGAUGCCAUUUUGAUUAGGCAUAUCAUGCCGAAAUUCUUACGGAAGUUGCAAAACCGGAUGGAAUUGGGACAAGAGAAGACGUUGAUAGAAGCGGGUGCCACUUUUGAUCGAAUCUGCGCGAAAUAUAUAUCUGCAAAGAGAGAAGAGAUAAGAUCACAAGGAUUUGAUCAUGAUCAUGAUCAUUCAAAUGGAGAAAGUGAAGAUCUUUUGACAUCUCACAUAAAGCUAGAUACAAGCAAGUAUGAGCUCUUGAAACCAAACGAUGAUAAGUUCCUUAGAGACACCAUUUUAACUUUCAUUGCCGCAGGGAGGGAUACCAUUUCCACUGCUCUCACUUGGUUUUUCGGGCUCCUCCUAAAACACCCUUACGUGGAAGCCAAGAUUCACCAAGAGAUCAACACAAAUUUACCAAAAUCCACAAGUAGUCAAGAGAGGCCAUGGUCGGAUAUCGAUCGCAAAGCUUAUCUGAACAAGUUGGUGUAUCUACAUGGGGCGUUGUGUGAAGCAAUGAGGCUCUAUCCACCAGUUCCGUUCCAGCGCAAAUCUCCUAUAAAAUCAGAUGUACUUCCAAGUGGGCACAAAGUCGAUGCAAACUCUAUCAUUAUCAUCCCUAUCUAUGUGUUAGGGAGGAUGAGAUCUGUAUGGGGAGAUGACGCAUUGGAAUUCAAGCCGGAGAGAUGGAUUUCAGAGACAGGAGGGUUGAGACAUGAGCCGUCCUUCAAGUUCUUAGCGUUUAACUGUGGCCCAAGAACUUGUCCUGGUAAGCAUUUAGCUUUGACUGCAAUGAAGGCCAUAAUUGUAGAGAUAUUACAAAACUAUGAUGUUAAGCUCAUCGAAGGACAGAAGAUUGAGCCAAAGCCUAGACUUGUUCUUCAGAUGAAUCAUGGUCUUCGAGUCACACUUACUAAGAAAUGUUCAGCUUGAAAUAAUAAUCUUAUAGUUGCUCCAAAAUCUAUCUUGUGUAUUAUAAAAAAUAAGGUAAAUAUGUAAUGUCAUGUACCUGCCCCCUGGUUUUUGGAGGCUUGGUAUUUGUGAUUUUAUGUAAUGUAUUUCCUUUUUAUUAUAUAAUUCCUGAAAUGUAAUUCCUUACCUUAUAAAUACUCCAUGCAGAUGCACGUUACAUUUUUUUAUUUUUAAAAUCUAAAUGUAAGCUUUGUGUCAUGGAUUGACUCUUUUUCAAGUCGGAACAUGCGGCCUUAGCAUGUUUCAAGGUCUGACCCUGAGAAAUUUCAAAAAAAUUGGGCUGGAAGCCCACAAAAACUUGAGAGAUUAUAAAAAAAAUAACUGCACGUUAUAUAUUUUUAUUGUUAAAGUCUAAAUGUAAGCUUUGUGUCAUUAGGGGUGGGCAUUUCGGUUUAGUUUCGGGUUCGGUUUGGGUUCGGUUUGGUUUGGGUAAUUUGGGUUUUAUAAAACUCAAACCAAUUAAAACCAAAGUAGCUUUGGUUUGGGUUCGGUUUGGGUUUAAUUCGGUUCGGUUCAGUUCGGUUUGGUUUAGAUUUAGUUCGGUUUACAUUAUUAUGGUCUAGUUUGGUUCGGUGUAGUUUGGGUUGGUUAUAAAAUAUGAAGGCAUUAGUUUUUUACUUUUAUUAAAAAAUAAUCAA